CGUUGCAUUUGAGGACCAGGUGUCGUCGUUUUGUCACUGCGCACCGUAUGAAUUCUAGAGAGCCCCAGAAAGCUUGAAAAGUCUGCCACGAUGAGAGAGAGAGAGCUUUGCAAACUGACUCACUGAGUUGAUCGUGUCGGUGUUGUAACGUCGACGACCUUAGCCCGCCUCAGCAAACUGACUCACGGAGUUCGGACGCGAAGCAGAGAAAUGGCCGACCGGUUCUUCCCAAAUGUGAUGCCAGACUUUGUGGCAGAAUCAACAGUAAUCAGUGCUGAAGCCCAAGACUCUCUCAUGGAGCUCCUCUCCAUGCCCUACCAUUCUCUUUCCGAGCGUUUCAAACGCGCCGCUUUGGACCUCAAAGAAACCAUAGUGAUGGAGACGUGGGGGAUGACUGGGCAACACGUGCGAGACUUUACGCUGUAUUGCGGGACUCUUGGGACGGCUUUUUUGCUCUUCAAGGCUUAUCUAGUCACCAGCAACAAGAAUGAUCUUGCUCUCUGCUCUCAGAUUGUUAAGGCUUGCGACUCCGCUUCUUUCAGUCCUACGGAUGUGACUUUUCUAUGUGGGCGAGCUGGCGUAUCUGCACUUGGGGCUGUGGCGGCAAAGCACACUGGUGAUGAACAGUUGCUUAAUUACUAUAUAGCUCAAUUUAGAGAGAUUAAGCUCCCAAGAAAUCUACCCGAUGAGUUGUUAUAUGGAAGAGUUGGGUUCUUAUGGGCGUGUUUGUUUAUAAACAAACAUAUUGGUGCGGGGACGAUUCCUUCUACCUACACUGGUGGAGUUGUGAAUGAAAUCAUUAAGAAUGGAAGAGCAUUGGCUAAGAGAGGAAGAUGCCCAUUGAUGUUUGAAUGGUACGGGGAAAAGUAUUGGGGUGCUGCACAUGGAUUGGCAGGGAUAAUGCAUGUUUUGAUGGACAUGGAUUUGAAACCGGAUGAGAUUGAGGAUGUAAAGGGAACUCUUAUAUACAUGAUUAAUGAUCGCUUCCCUAGCGGGAACUAUCCCGCAAGUGAAGAGGAUAGAAAGAGAGAUGUUCUUGUGCAUUGGUGUCAUGGAGCUCCUGGAAUUGCCCUCACGCUUGUCAAAGCAGCUAAGGUUUUUGAAGAUGAAGAAUUUCUGAAAGCAGCUGCUGAUGCAGCAGAGGCAGUGUGGAACCGUGGAUUGCUCAAGAGAGUUGGGAUUUGCCACGGGAUUAGUGGAAAUGCAUAUGUGUUCCUCUCGCUUUACCAACUUACAGGCAAUGUACAUUUCUUAUACAGGGCUAAAGCUUUUGCUUGCUUUCUACUUGAUAGAGCUCACAAGCUCAUUUCUGAGGGAGAAAUGCAUGGAGGUGAUAACCCCUACUCAUUGUUUGAAGGGAUUGGCGGUAUGGCUUAUCUUUUUCUUGACAUGAUUGAUCCCUCUCAAGCUAAGUUUCCAGCUUAUGAUCUCUGAAAAUAUUAAUAUGAUGGAGGUCUUAUGUAUAAAAAAAUUUCCUUUACUUCUUCUAUGUGGAUUUUAAAAUUUGUUGGCC